AUGGCCGAAUCAACUCCUAAGGAGGACCGCUGCAAGGCGCUGCAGGAGGCGCCCCACACCUGCACUGUGGAAGAGGUGUUGGAUUACCAUGGGACUUCUCUAGAGACGGGUCUUCCUGCUGCAACUGUUGCCGAGCGCCUCGCUCGCUUCGGCCCGAAUGAGCUGCAGCACGAGGAGGGGAAGAGCCUCUUGCAGCUCAUCAUCGAGCAGUUCCAGGACUUACUCGUCAGGAUUCUGUUGGCUGCUGCCGUUGUUAGUUUUGUGUUGGCGGUGGUGGAGGGGGGAGAGGGCGGAGUAGCUGCGUACGUGGAGCCGCUGGUUAUUCUCAUCAUUCUUUUCCUUAAUGCUGCUGUGGGGGUCUGGCAGGAGUCGAAUGCUGAGAAGGCUUUGGUUGCGUUGAAGCAGCUGCAGCCUCAGCAGGCCCGUGUAUGCCGUUCGGGUUCUUGGCGUUGUGUAUCUUCUUCUUCUCUGGUGCCUGGUGACCUCGUUGAUCUCCGCUGCGGAGACAAAGUCCCAGCAGACUGCCGAGUCGUUCAGCUCAAAACUGCUUCCUUCAGAGUCGAACAGAGCCAACUCACGGGAGAAAGCGUCGCUGUCCUCAAGGAUGCCGAGGCGUUGCCAGCAUCUCUCCGCGACUGUGAGAUUCAGUCUCAGCGUUGUCUCUGCUUCAGCAGCACAACAGUGGCUCGAGGCCGAGCUCUUGCAGUGGUAGUGAGGACGGGUAUGGCGACGCAGAUUGGUCUUAUACAAGCAGCUGUACAUGAAGCGGGAGAAGCAGAAGACAGCCAGAGCCCACUGCAACAGAAACUUGAUGAAUUCGGAGAAGCCCUCAGCAAAGUCAUCUGCGCCGUUUGUGUUGUCGUCUGGCUCAUUAAUAUCGGGCAUUUCAGCGAUGCGGUGCACGGCAGCGCCCUGCGGGGUUGUAUUUAUUACUUCAAGAUAGCAGUGGCUCUUGCUGUGGCUGCGAUCCCUGAGGGUUUGCCUGCGGUGAUCACCACUUGUUUAGCCCUGGGCACGAGAAAGAUGGCUAAGAAGAAUGCUAUUGUACGGAGGCUGCAGAGUGUAGAGACACUCGGAUGCACCACCGUUAUAUGCUCAGAUAAAACAGGAACACUCACCACCAACGAAAUGACUUGCGUUCGAUUCGCCGUCGUCGCACAGAAUGCAACACAGGUGGAUGUCUUCACAGUUGAGGGUAGUGGCUUCAACGCGAACGGAAACGUCUGCCGUGAGGUGGGGGGUGUGGCCCAGAAGGGGGGCCCCCAGUCUCUCUCAGCUCACCAGGCGGUGUUGUCCUGGCUGUGUCGUUGCGCCUCUAUCUGCAAUGAAGCACAUCUAAAUGUUGCUGCGGGAGGUGCAGAAGGGGGGCACUUUGAGCGGAUGGGGGAGCCAACAGAAGCGGCUCUUCUAGUGCUUGUUGAGAAGCUGGGGCUCUUCUCUGAUGAACAAAUCAAGGCAAGAGGGAAUACAAGCAGAUCAACAGGAAACCCUACACCCUUCUGCGACUACUGGAAAGGCGAAUACAAGGACUUGGCCACUUUAGAGUUCAGCAGAGACAGAAAGAGCAUGAGUGUCCUCUCUCGCAACAACAAAACAAACAAGAACGAACUCUUCGUCAAAGGAGCACCCGAGACCCUCCUUACAAGGUGUGAGACGAUGAUGCUUCCGAACGGCAACGUGGUGCCUUUGACAGACGCAGCACGCAAAGUUAUUAUCUCAGAUGUGGGUGGGAUGGCUAAGGGGGCCCUCCGUACUCUGGCGUUGGCGGUUCGCCUGGAUGCGGGUCCCCUAGCAGACUACACGGGAGAGGAGGGAGCUCAGGGGGCCCACAGGGGCCUUCUUGACGACCAAGCAGGAUAUGCUGUCAUUGAAAGCAGCCUCUGCUUCAUUGGGGUUGUGGGCCUCUUCGAUCCGCCUCGUCCGGAAGUCGGCAGCGCCAUUCUGCAGUGCAGAGAUGCUGGUAUUCGCGUUGUGAUGAUAACGGGAGACAACAAAGACACUGCGGAGGCGGUGGCCGACUUGGUGCAUAUCCGCGCGGGCUUUGAUGAGAGCUUCCCUUCAUAUACAGGAAAAGAAUUCGAAGCUUUAUCAUCAGCAGAUAAAAUGAAGGUCCUUUCCUCCCCUGGCGGCGCAAUCUUCUCUCGCACGGAGCCCAAGCACAAGCAGCUGAUAGUGAAGUUGCUGAAGGAGUUGGGAGAGACAACGGCGAUGACAGGCGAUGGUGUUAACGACGCCCCAGCUUUGAAGCAGGCAGACAUUGGGGUUGCCAUGGGCAUUGCAGGCACUGAAGUUGCAAAAGAAGCAUCUGAUAUGGUACUCGCAGACGACAACUUCAGCACCAUUGUAUCCGCGGUAGAAGAGGGAAGAUCUAUCUAUAACAACAUGAAGGCGUUCAUUCGGUAUUUGAUCAGCAGCAACAUCGGCGAGGUCGCUUCUAUCUUCAUGACUGCAGCCCUUGGAGUGCCUGAGGGCCUAACUCCAGUGCAGCUGUUGUGGGUUAAUCUCGUAACAGACGGGCCACCUGCUACUGCUCUUGGUUUUAACCCUGCGGACGAUGACGUGAUGAAGCGACCUCCUCGUCACCGUGACGAUCGUUUGAUCAGCACUUGGAUAUUUUUGCGGUAUUUGUUGGUUGGGGUGUACGUGGGUUUUGCAACAGUUGGAAUAUUCGUUUGGUGGUUUGUAUUCGGCACGGAUCCAGCAGAACCUCACACUCUCCUCUCUCUACCUCAGCUGAUGACCUGGGGCCGGUGCUCCACAUGGAAAGACUUCAACCCCAUGCCUGUAUAUGGAAUGCCAGAAAACGAUCCCUGCUCAUACUUCACCAUCGGCAAGGCUAAGGCCAGUACCCUCAGUUUGACGGUGUUGGUGGUAAUUGAAAUGUUUAAUGCAUUUAAUGCCCUUUCUGAGAAUCACUCGCUCCUUCGCAUGCCUCCCUGGGCGAAUCCGUACUUGCUUUUGGCAACAGCUUCUUCUCUCCUUGUCCACUGCGCCAUUCUGUAUAUCCCAUUCCUUCGUCGUGUCUUUGGCGUUGUCGAGCUCACUUCGAUGGACUGGCUGUAUGUCCUUCUCUGGUCUUUCCCCAUUAUCAUCCUCGACGAGAUCCUCAAGUUCUUGGGCCGCCGCCACUUCGCUAAACAGCGCGCUUCUGCUGCUGGCGCAAUUAAGAGCGGCAAGCAGGAUUGA